GGGUCAGGUUCAGUUCAGCCUUUCAUCGCCUCCGGGAUAUUUCAUCAGCCUUUAUUCAUUCGCGCUGUUCGUUUGUCUACUGGAUUAAACAGCCUUCGCCUCAUUUCAACCUUCAGGUUUCGGUUCUUUACCCAGGAGCAAGUAGGGUCUAACCAGGAAGCAGAAGUGCCGGUUCGGGGCAGAGGCAGAUCUCUUCUUCUGUUGUUUUGACAGUCGAGCUGGACAGCCGAGAUAUUAUAUCGCCUUCCUCUGCUGCUACCGUUUGAAACAUGUCAGACUCUGCCCAUCCUGCUUGGAUUGUUGUUCUGCUGUCAUUGUGGUGCUGCUGGACAGUCUGCUCAGCACGUCCACAUCGUCCUAAUGCCACAAACACUGAACCGACCCAGAUCCAUCUAUCCUACACAGGUUCCCCUACCUCUAUGGUUGUGACAUGGAGUACCCUCAACAACACAGCCUCUGUGGUAGAAUAUGGGCAAGGAGACUUCCACUUGAGAAAUUCUGGGAUCAGCACCUUAUUUGUGGAUGGAGGGAAGAAGCACAAUGCCCAGUACAUCCACAGGGUGGUCUUGACUGGACUCAAACCAGGAUACAGAUACAUCUACCGUGUGGGGAGUGAUGAGUCCUGGAGUGACAUCUACAGUUUUACAGCAGUCCAGGAUGACACCAACUGGAGCCCCAGAUUUGCUGUAUAUGGAGAUCUGGGCUAUGAGAAUGCCCAGUCUGUCGCUAGGCUCACCAAGGAGGUGCAGAGGGGGAUGUAUGAUGCUAUUCUUCAUGUUGGUGACUUUGCCUAUGACAUGAAUGAUAAAGAUGGAGAGGUUGGGGAUGCCUUCAUGUCACUGAUCCAGCCUAUUGCUGCUUAUCUCCCAUACAUGACAUGUGUGGGCAACCACGAGAUUGCAUACAACUUCUCCCACUACAUCAACAGGUUCACCAUGCCUGGGAGUCAUGACAAAGACAUGUUCUACAGGUAAGACUAAGAGAUGGACAGAAGUAGUGUGAUGCACCAAUGAUCUUUUAACAUU